UGGUCAACAACACAACCCCAGAGAACAUGGACAGAACCCUGCUGUGCUCAGCUGACCUCCAGCCCCUGACCCAGUUCAUCUGGAGGAUUCCUGAGGGGUCAGAGAGUCCUGGACCUGAACUGUUCAUACCUGGGGUGGAGAACCAGGAUUCUGAGAACCAGGAGUCUGUCUACACAUGUGUGGUGAAAAACCCUGUUAGUGAGAGAACUGCAGAGUUCACCCUGAAGGACUGCCACACUGAGGAAGGCUCAACCAGUGUCCUGGCUGUGGUCCUGUCCAUCCUCCUUCUCCUCGUCUUAGUUGCCGUUCUGGCAUUUCUCUUGUGGUGCUGGAGGAAAGGCAAGAAACCGGCUGAAGCUGCACUGAGAAAAUCUGAAGAGGAGGCGGGACUGAUGGAAGUUACAGUACAAGGAAACAAAGAUCCUGAGGAUGACCAUUCUGACAACACUGGAAAUAGAACUUCUACACCAAAAGGAAAGGUGAAAGAGGGGAUAGAGUUUAGCAAGCAGAAUGCAGAUGCAAACAGGAAACAGCACACUACACCAGCUGGAAGAUAUUUCUCUCCAACAAAACGUGGGGGUCACAGCCUUCUGUACAAACAGAAUGACAGUCUCUCAGACAAACAGACAGUGACAGACACAGAGCCUGUACAGGACAAGCCCAACCCGGCCCAACCAAAACUAGUCACACCAGACCACAGCCCAGCACCACAACGACCUAUCACCCAAGACCACACCCCAGCCCAACAAGACCUAGUCACCCCAGACCCCAAUGAGCAGCACAUUACCCAGACUACACUACAGGGGCAGUCCAGGGACUCCACAGGAUCCAUAGAGAACCAAGAAGAGAUGGAACAUGAGAGACAUCCACCCAGACCCCAAUGAGCAGCACAUUACCAGACUACACUACAGGGGCUGUCCAGUGACUCCAUAGAGAACCAAGAAGAGAUGGACAUGAGACAUCUACCCAGACCCCAAUGAGCAGCACAUACCCAGACUACACUACAGGGGCUGUCCAGUGACUCCACAGAGCUCCUUCUAGAGGACCAAGAAGAGAUGGAACAUGAGACAUCCACUCCAGGCCCCAAUGAGUAGCACAUUACCCAGACUACACUACAGGAGCAGUCCAGUGACUCCACAGAGCUCCUUCUAGAGACCAAGAAGAGAUGAACA